AUGAGUAGUGAUAACGAGACGGAGCCGCCUGCGUGGGGUGCCCUCCCCGUCGAGCAGUACCUAAUUCGCAAAUGGGACCCCUCGUCCGAGCUCAGCCCCGACGAGCAACGCGCCGCACUGGUGGCGGACUACAUCAACGAAGAUGUGCUGGACUCGGACCUAUUGGCGUCGCCGCCGUCGCGCUUGCCCACGGAAACCGAGAUCGCCGAGAUCCUGGAACCGUGGCGGCCACAGAAGCUGCGCCGCAUUGCCGCCGUCUACCUCGUCGAGAACAGCGCUAUUUACACAUGGUGCUUUCUCAGAACCUACUACGGCGGUGGCGCUGCUGACGACGCUAAACUCCGGGGCUGGCUGGACCUGGACGAAUGCGAGAGCGCCGGUAUCAACCCCGAGGACGAGUGGCACGCCGUGUUGGACGACCCGGGGCUGUUCGAUGUGGGUGAUGACUGGCAACAGGUGUACGCGGUGCUGCCCGAGCUGGCAGCGCGGGAGUCGGAUCGCCGCUUCACCGACGAGCUUGUUGAGGAAGCUCGGGAUUGGGCGACGUCGCACAAGCAGCCUGGCGAGGAGGUCGAUGAUGAGGAAUAUGGGGAUUGCAUCAUGCGGCUCGCGACCAUACGCUCGGCGUGGCUGCUUGUGUUGGACAAAGAGGCGUUUGAGACGGGGGAGCUGGGACUGAUUCUGCGGGACGCGAAGGGAAUCCCAGUCAAGGAGACGACCAUCAAGCCCGAGAACCUGGAUUAUUAUUAUGUAUUAUCUGCUAUCAAGGGUAUGAUAACCGAGACGGAAUAUUGGAUCGGGGUUGAAGUGGGAGAGAAGUACCGGACCCACGGCGAGAUCAUGCGCCAGCUGUUGCCGAGGGUGAAGGGGGAGUAG